AUGAAAAAUAAUUAGUAGGAGAGGUAGGAAAAUUUGGACCAAAAAUUACUUAAAAAUAAAUUGUUAAUGAAUGAUGUGGAUUUAAAGUAUAAAUUUGAGAAAAUCUGGAUUAUGCCCAAACAUAUUUACCCCCAAAUAUUCUUUUUGUAUCAGUGUAAGACCAAUAAACAAAAAGACCUUUUUACAAAUCUGUUGGUACUGUUGAUUCCAAAAUGA